AUGACCGACCUAGUAUCUGAAAACCAGGCUUACUUUGGAAAGAUCGCCAACGAGUACGACCAACGCAACGCAGAUGCGAUCGUGCAGUUGGAGCGCAGUAUUCAGGACAUGAUCCCAUUUAUUGGCAUCAAGCAAGAUGGCAGAUUACUGGACUACGCAUGUGGUACUGGCAUGUUGUCAAGGGUGCUGGCACAGCAUACUAGUGAGGCUAUCGGCAUCGACCUGUCCAAGGAUAUGGUUGGUGUGUAUAAUAUUCAGGCUCAGAACCAAGGCUCUUCUCGACAAGCCUUCCAGGGCAACUUGGCGGAUCCUACAGACCCCUCUCCUGCGGCCUUUACAGACACCAAGUUCUUUGACUUCGACGUUGCAGGUGUAGGGCUCGGAUUCCAUCACUUCGACAAACCUGAUCUGGCGUCUAAGAGACUGACUGAGCGUCUCAGACCCGGGGGCGUUCUUUUCAUCAUCGAUUUCGUCGCCCACAAGAUAGAUCCCAAGGACGCUGAGAAACGCGGUAUCGCCCACCAUGGCUUUUCGGAGGAACAAAUCAGGAAGAUGUUUGAGGACGCUGGUCUUACCGACUUUGCCUACCAAGAACUCCCAGAGCCUAUUACAUUCAAAGAUCCGAUGGGACAUGGCCAUAACCACGGACACGGACAUGAUGGAAGUCAUGCUGCCAGUAAACACGAGCAUGGAGGAGGCCACCAUGAUGGAAAGGGCCAUUCCAUGACCAUACAAGCGUUUAUUGCUAGGGCAUCAAAACUCUAG